AUGUCGAGGCUGGAUAGCAUCGAUUGGGAAUCUAUGAUCAAUGCGCUCAACGAGGAUCUCGCCUACUUUUACCAGAGUAAGUACUCAGAAAAUCACGUCUUUUAGAUCGAUUUUCUUCAGCGGUCAGAGACUCUCUCCAAAACGACGACAAUCCGAUGCUGGAAAGAUGGAACGAUCUUAUGGAAAGACCGAAUCUGUUAGUUCAAAGUGUUCUGGGUAUAUCUGCAACACAAAUUCUAGAAGCGCUGAUAAGAAAUCUAUGAAGGCAUUGAAACUGAUGGAAAAGGAAUCGGUCGCCAAUCAGGACAAGAAUGGUACUUUUUUUGUCAUUUCUGUCACGUCUAGAUUUGUUCAGCUACGUGCACCAUCUGCAUCGAUGAGCUGUGCAACACGGUGGAACUUCCGGAAGAGCACGUGAUCAAGCCGGAAAUGAAGAUGGACGUCAAGACCUUCUGCUCCACCAUUGCCGUGAUGCCGUGCAAGCAUCGUUAUCAUAUCUUCUGCCUUACUUUGUGGCUAGAGAAGGUUUUCAAUAUAAUCCCUUGUUAUUUCAAUAUCUUCUAACUCAGGAGCAGUCGUGCCCGACGUGUCGUCAAAAAGUCAAGUCGGACACCGAGUACGAAGAAGAAGAGCGUAAGAAGAACAUUGAGGAGCUGCACGACUCCAUGUACUCCUAA